AUGUCGCUCGCAUCCGGUGUCUCCGUUCAGGAUGAGUGCUUGACUGCCUUCAACGAGUUCCGUCUGAGCAAGGGCAAGACCAAGUACAUUAUUUACAAGAUCUCCGACAACAAGAAGGACGUUGUCGUCGACGCCGUUGGCCACGACCAGGACUAUGAGGUUUUCCGUGAGCAGCUUGCUGCCUCCAAGGACAGCCAAGGUCGCCCCGCUCCCCGUUACGCCGUCUACGAUGUUGAGUACGACCUUGGCGGUGGUGAGGGCAAGAGAAGCAAGAUCAUCUUCAUUUCUUGGGUUCCUAGCGACACCCCCACCCUCUGGUCUAUGAUCUACGCCAGCACGCGUGAGGUUCUGAAGAACGCUCUCAACCUGUCUGCCUCUAUCCACGCCGAUGACAAGUCUGACAUUGAGUGGAAGACUGUCCUGAGCGAGGCCAGCGGUGGCAAGGCUGGCAAAUAA